AUGUGGGAUGAGCUAGAGAAUUAUCGCCCUAUCAUUGCUUGUUCUUGUGUCGUUCCCUGUUCUUGUGGUGCUACGGCAUCCAUUAGGCAAUAUCGUGACCAAGAUUAUGUCAUUAGGUUUCUUAAGGGUUUGAACAAAAAAUUCACUCAUUCCAAAUCCCAAAUUAUGAUGAUGAACCCGCUCCCUGACAUAGAUAAAGCCUUUUCUCUUGUAAUUCAGCAAGAAAGGGAAUUGAAAUGUUCAAUUGUUACUACUGCUUCUAACAAUCCAACUGGUGAUGAGGUGACUGCAUUUCAAAUCCAAACUGGUUCAGGUAACUCCGCUUCAAGCAAUUCCUCAAACAAGUUUGGCAACAAUGCAUAUAAGGGAAAUCUCAAGGUUUUGGUGGAGCUAAAGGUCACAGUCUUGUUUCUACACACUGUGGAAGGACAAAUCAUACCAUUGAGAUUUGCUUUCAAAAGCAUGGAUUCCCUCCAGGAUCUAAGGGCAAAAGCAAGAUUCAAAGCACUGCAUCGGCCAAUGCAACCACGGAUUCUUCUCAAAAUCAUACCUGUGCAUAUUAGCUUACCUGAUGGUUCACAACUUACUGCAUCUAUAUCUGGUAGUGUUGAACUAUCACCUUCACUCAUAUUGCAUCAUGUUCUGUAUAUGCCUAGCUUCAAUGUUAAUCUAAUAUCUAUUGCAAAAUUGGUUGGUAGCAAUAACUAUCAUGUCCAUUUUAACUCUUCUUCUUGCCAAAUCUUGCAGAACCAUUCCAAGGAAAUCAUUGGUAUAGCUAGUCUUCAAAGAGGAUUAUAUGUACUUGACUCUUCCAAGCACCCAUUGCCUGUCAUGCUAUUACUCAAUCUCCUUGUAAUCUUUGGCAUCUAA